AUGUCUGGAAGGUUGGAGAAGUUUCGGGUUUGGACAGAUGGAGAUUUGCAGCCGUCAUCCUCCGUUUCCCAACAGCAACAGUAUCAUCAGCAACAACAAUCAUAUUGUGAUAUGGAACAAUUUGCACUGCCUCACAAGGCUCGCUUGUAUCAACUUUUCGAAUGUAUUGAAAAAGAAAUUGAUACUCUCUACGAAGAGAAUUUCGAAUGCAAUGAGCGGUUGGGUGAAUCCCUUACAUUGUCACAUGACAUCUGUUCUUCUCCAAGCGAUCCACUAUCAGCCCGCAAAGAAGCUGUUAGGAAAGGAAACCAAAUGCGUCAAAAAUUAAAAACUGCUUUGCGUGUACCGCCCGGUCGUCUAGUGCAAAGCCUUAAAGUUGUUGGAGAUAGCUCACGAAGAUGUAAAUACGUACGCUCGUUCAUUGGACAUCGGGAUGGAAUUUGGCACGUAACUACAAAUCAGGCAGGGCAUCCAAUUUUAGCAAGCGCGUCUGCAGAUCAGACAUGUUUGCUAUGGUCACUGGAAACAGGUUGUUGUUUGACACAAUAUGCUGGCCAUGUUGGCUCAGUAAAUGGUGUUGCUUUUGGGCCAGCCACAUUAGAUUCAAAUGAAUUAUUACUCGCUACAGCCAGUGGAGAUCGAACUGUCCAUAUUUGGAAAGCAGUCGUUACGGGCAACAUUCAAAUGCCAGUGUUGAGUAGUGAAGAUGAUGAAUUAGCUGAAAAGGAACAACUUAUGAAUGGAGUUAUAGACGUACAAGGCAGUGGAGAACUUCAUACAUCAAAUGUUGUACGACAGCCAGUACAGCGUCUAACAGGACACAUUGGUCCAGUAUUGGCUGUCGAGUGGUUUAAUAAUGGUGAACAGCUUAUUACGGCUAGUUGGGAUAGAACUGCCAAUAUUUAUGAUGCUGAACGAGGGGAAAUUGUAAAUGUUUUAUCAGGACAUGAUGAUGAAUUAAAUUAUUGUAAUGCUCACCCGUCGCAGAAAUUAAUUGUUACGGCUAGUCGUGAUUCCACUUUUCGUCUUUGGGAUUUUCGAGAAACAAUACAGUCAGUCGCCGUGUUUCAGGGACACAAUGAGUAUAGUUCUCCUCUUUCUGUAACAUCAGUAGUUUUCUCUUCUGGAGACAAACUUGUGUCUGGCAGUGAUGAUCGAUCUAUAAAGGUAUGGGAUUUGCGCAAUAUGCGUAGUGCCAUUGUAACGGUUCGCGUUGAUAGCGCUGUAAAUCGACUGUCGAUCUCUGCGCGAAGUGUUGUUGCUAUUCCACAAGAUAAUCGCAAUGUUAGAUUAUAUGAUUUAAAUACUGUUCGAUUAACAAGGCUUCCGCGUGCUACUGGACGAAGUCAUCGACGUAUAGUUUGUUGUGCAGCCUGGAUAAAUGAUCACCUGAAUCAUGACUUAUUGACUUGUGGCUUUGACAGGCAAAUAAUUGCCUGGAAGACUGCUUUUGGAAAGGACUAG